UGUGCGCAUGUGUAGCUGGCCUACACAAUACAAGUUUCAUGUUAUCACUUCAAAUUUCGUUCAGCGAAUGUUUGUAUUGAUAAAGCUUUGGGUUGUUAACAUGUAACUUUUUAUAUGACGCGAGUGUUAAACGUAAAUGUUUAUAAAGAUAAAGCAUAACUGUGUGUUCUACAGACCUUUCUUCUUCUAGACGAGCAUCGCUAAACACCUAUUCUAAAUGUACGACCUCAGAUGAUGCUGGAGCAAAAGCGGGAUCCGUUAUAAAACAUAUGAUGGCCUUCUGAGUUAUAGACUUUAUUCAAAAUGUCGAGCCUGGCCGAUGUUUUCACUGAUAAAGAAAGGACAAACUGGCUUAAGGCUUGGCUGGCAGUGGAUAUUGCAAAGUCAGGCUUAGAUCAGUUCGCGGAGAACGAGGCUAAAACUGUACAUGUCAAUAUAUACAACGCUGUGUGGUCAAGUAGUCAGGCGCCAGCUAUUUGCAACGGUUGUUGCACCGCAAACUUGCUGAAAUGCCCAACACUAGGAUUAUGCAAUAAACGAGGCGCAAACAGCUCAUGUACGGGAAUGCAUGAUACCAUAGCAAAGCAACCUCGACCUUGUCCUGCUUACGUGUGUAAUAAAGUUCUCGAUGAAAUUAAAACUCUGCAUAAAUUUUCGAUUCCUUCUUGGAAAAAUACAAGGGCAGAGCAAUGGGCUCAAAAUCCUUGGGAAAUUGCCAAGGCGUAUUUACCUCCAGACGGAUAUACUGAAAAAUGUUCAGUUCAAGAUACAGACUUUAACGGAAUUAUUAGUUUUAUGACGAACUGCAAACACUUCGACAACAAGUUUUCAUUCCCCAUUGCUGCCGGAAAACACACUCCUCCGUGUCUACUGACUAAAGCACGAGAAAUUGGUAGAACUGUUCGUCAUUCGUCCCAGUGUAAAGUGACCGACGCAGAUCUCCAGGACAUCUUCACAACACUGACUAAUCUGCUUAGUGACCAAACGUGUCUAACACAUGACGUCACUGCACGGGACGCUGUGAAGAAACUGGCAGAGCUGCAAAAGGACGCAAUAAAGAUAACCACGGAGGAAAUGAUUCAUUUGCUAGUCGCUGCAAACGAUACACUAAAAAAAAUUCAAAAUAUUGCUGAUCAAUCUCAGAAUGAGAUGCAGAUGUACCUUGAACAGUGUAAACAGGAUCUAAAUACACACACGGACAUAUGUAAACAGGAACUUGAUGACCAUACUGCCAAACGUAUAAUUGCUAUGGAUGAACAUGCCAGCAAGACUUUGGAAUCGACCUAUGAGCAAUCUAGUAAAGAUUUUCGCGGACAUUUAAUUGGGUUCUAUACGACGGAGAUGAAUACUGUGUCUGUUUCGCCGCUAUUGCUGGGUCUUGACAAACCCAUCUUUGAGAUUUUUGUGCGCCCGAAAAUAUGUUUUUACAAUAUUGAGAAGGAUGGAUCUCGAAAUAAAAAAAACGAAGCGAUUUACCAAUACAAGGACUUCUUUUACAGUGAUAAAGAGCUCAAACGUGUGUUUGUUCAAGGAGACCCCGGAAUAGGAAAGUCUACAUUCCUAACUAAACUUGUGCUUGACUGGUGCAAUGCAGUAUCCUGUCGCAAUCCUGAUAACAAGGCUACAUUUAGUGAUGCUGAUACGUUGAAAGACUUUCAAUUUUUGUUUCACAUUUCCCUACGAGAUGCAAUGGGUCAGCGUGAGGUGAUAGAAAUGAUCAAAACACAAAUAAUUGACAACAUUUACGCGGGUACUAAACAAACGGAAGCAUUUGAGCUUUUACAACAAAUCCUUGAACGAGAGACUUGCCUUGUAACUAUGGAUGGACUUAACGAGUGGACUGAUCAUUUAAAACAGCUAGUUGUACCUAGAAUACCAAGCUCUCAUACAAACUGCGUAUCGAUAAUAACAACACGACCAUGGAAAAUGGCGGACGAGCGGAUCAAAGUUUCUGUUAUUGACAGACUGCUAGAAAUUGAAGGGAUAACAGAUUCAGAAAAGCUAACAAGGCAAUUAAUCGUCAGUCUCCAGACUGGUAAUACAAUGACACAUACUGAUUUUAUGACGUACGUUAACGAACAUCACUUUAUGCAUUUUUUUACGUCGCCCUGGCUGCAGGAGUUGAUAGUCAAUGUAUGGAUGAGCAAAACGGAUAUUAAAGGUUCAUUGUGUGAAAUGAAUUGUAUUCUUCUUGAUCUACUUUUUAAGAAGGCAAAUGCGAUAGAGGGAUCUUUUGAAAACGGAUGCUCGAUUGGGUGUUUAUCAAGCACGAGAUAUAUAAAGAAACAAAUUAAAAUAUUUGAUGCGCUAGCAAAUGCUGCGUUUCAAUUUACAUUUUCAUCGAACAAAUCUCUAACGUUCAGUGAACAGGAAUUAAGGAAAUAUUUAUCUAAAAAACAUUUGAAGUUUUGCAUCAAGGCUGGUGUCUUAACAGCAAGGUUCAACUCCAUAAAGGUUGCACAGGGUCCCCAAUAUUCAUUUACGCACGAAACUAUCCAGGAGUUUCUUGCAGCAUUUCAUAUAGCAAAUUCACAGCAAGACCUGAUAGCAAAUUUUAAACCUGAACACAAAUAUAGUGUGUUAGAAAUGAGCCAGACGGUUAUUUACCUGUAUGGACUUAAGUGCGAGACAGCUAAUAAACUACUAAACCGAUUAGUAGACGGCGAUUUCGUCAGCGACAUAAGUAACGGACUGAGCUUGUACAUAAAGCACUAUUCGGCAAAUUUAUCAGCAUUUCAGAGAGACAAAUACACAAAGGAAACUGUUAUAAAAUCAAAACGUAAUGAAAUGAAUUGCGAUGCACGUUGUCUUGAAAUAUCAGUCCUGUUCCAACACAUGGUUAUAGCUGGUUUCAAUGAGGCAAAAAUCAGUGGUCAGAAGGACAUCUUUCUAUAUUGUAUGGAUUUCACAUUCAAUACAUAUCUACUUGAUUCGGAAUCAAGAGCAUUAAAGGAAAUGCUUAGUUUCAACAAGUCAAAUGUUCGGUCACUUAUAUUAGAAAACAAUGUUUUAGAUGCAAGCGAAUUACUGUCAGUCAUGCAACAGUCAAAGCAUAGUCUUCAACGUUUAAAGACUGCAGUGACCCCGGAAAUAUAUAAAGCCUUACACAAUAUGAACAUACAGGAACUAUAUGUUAUCGGACAAAUCGACGAAUCAUCAUUUUCCAAUGUUCUUCCGUCCUUGUCUAACUUAAUGCUUUUAUCAAUAGAAGAUUCAAAUCUUUUGGAACAAACAGUUCUUCCCGGCACAAUCGAAUAUAUUUAUUUGCUUAAAUGUUCUUGUACGGCCGUGUUUCUUCGUCGCCUUCUCGUGUAUUUAGCAUCAGUACAACAUGGCGUUAAAUUGUAUUUGGAAGCAGUAAUUGUUACGCAUCCCAAUUCGCAAAUUUUCCUACCAGAAUUAUUGUUAAGCGAUAUGACAAAUAUCGACCUAAGUAUUGAACACGGCAAUCAUGCUCUAUAUGAUACACUGCGUUGUACAUCUAUCGGAGAACUGGACCUGCAUACUUCUGAUGAUGUAUCAUUAGCGUCAAAGAUUAUGUACACUCUCAAGAGAUUAACAUACCUAAAUUUGUGGGGAACUUAUAGUGAACGAUGUUCGUUUCAGCUGCCUGAUACAUUGCAAUGCAUAUCAUUGCAGGAAGUUAAAUGUUCAGCUGAGUGGCUCUGCAGCUUGGUGAUCGCGCUUUCUUCAUUAGAUCACUCUGUAGAUUGUAUAUUGUAUAGUGUUUUAUUGCAGCCAAGUGCAGACGCCUGUGGAGACGAUUCCCAAUCACGUGUAUCUGAUUUGCGGUCUGAAAUAAUGUCACGUGAUAUGUCUAAAAUUGAGUUAUUUAUGGAAACUGUCAGUGUUGAACUGUUUGAAAUAUUUCGAGGUACUAAUAUAGGAAUCUUGACGCUGCAAAAUGCCGAGUGUGCCUCAUUAGCAUCAACAAUUCUGUAUACUCUGAAGAACUUGACAAAGCUUUAUUUGUGGGGUACGUAUAGUGAGCGAUGUAAUUUACAGCUGCCGGCUACAUUACAAUGCGUAUCAUUGGAGGAAGUUGAAUGUACAGCUGAGUGGCUGUACAGCUUCAUGAUCGCGCUCUCUUCAUUUGAUCAUUCUGUAGCGUGUGAGCUGUUGGAUGUUGUGUUGCAACCAAAUGCAGGCGCCUGUGGAGACGAUUCCCAAGCACGUGUAUCUGAUUUGCGGUCUGAAGUAAUGUCACAUGACAUGUCUGAAAUUGAGAUAUUUGUGCAAACUGGCAGUGUUGAACUGUUUGAAAUAUUUCAAGGUACAAAUAUAGGAAUCCUGAAGCUGAAAACAGUCGAGUGUGCCUUAUUAGAAUCAACAAUUUUGCAUUCUCUUAAGAAAUUGACAAAGCUUGUUUUGUUGGGGACUUACAGUGAGCGAUGCACGUUACAGCUACCUGAGACAUUGCAAUGCAUAUCAUUGCAGGAAGUUGAAUGCACAGCUGAGUGGCUGUGCAGCUUGUUGAUCGCGCUUUCUUUAUUAGAUCAUUCUGUAGCGUGUGAGCUGUGGGAUGUUGUAUUGGAGCCAAGUGCAGGCGCCUGUGGAGACGAUUUCCAAGCACGUGUAUCCGAGUUGCGGUCUGAAAUAAUGUCACAUGACAUGUCUGAAAUUGAGAUAUUUGUGGAAACUGACAGCGUCGAACUGUUCGAAAUAUUUCGAGGUACAAAUAUAGGAAUUCUGAAGCUGGAAACAUCCGAGUGUGCCUUAUUAGAAUCAACAAUUCUGCAUUCUCUUAAGAAAUUGACAAAGCUUUAUUUGUGGGGGACUUAUAGUGAGCGAUGCACGUUACGGCUGCCUGAGUCAUUGCAAUGCAUAUCAUUGCAGGAAGUUGAUUGUACAGCUGAGUGGCUUUGCAGCUUGUUGAUCGCGCUUUCUUCAUUAGAUCAUUCUGUCGUGUGUGAGCUGUUGGAUGUUGUAUUGCAUCCAAAUGUAGACGCCUGUGAAGGCGAUUCACAAACAAAUUCAACUGAUUUGCGAUCUGAAUUACUGUCACUUGAUAUGUCCAAUAUGACAGUUGAGGUUCGGAAUGGCAGUGGGGAACUGUUUGAAAUCUUUCGAGGUACACAUAUCGGAAUCUUGAAGCUGACAACGGCCGAGUGUGCAUCAUUAGUAUCAAAGAUUAUGUAUACUCUCAAGAAAUUAACAGGGCUUUAUUUGUGGGGGACGUAUAGUGAGCGCUGUACUUUACAGCUGCCUGCGACAUUGCGAACCAUAUCAUUACAGAAAAUUGAAUGUUCAGCUGAGUGGCUGUGCAGCUUGUUGAUCGCGCUUUCUUCAUUAGAGCAUUCUGUAGUGUGUAUACUGUGGGGUGUUGUAUUGCAGUCAAGUGGAGACGCCUGUGGAGACGAUUGCAAAGCACGUAUACCUGAUUUGCGGUCUGAAAUAAUGUCACAUGACAUGUCUGAAAUUGAGAUAUGUGUGGAAACUGGCAGUGUUGAACUGUUUGAAAUAUUUCGAGAUACAAAUAUAAGAAUCCUGACGCUGCAAAAUGCCGAUUGUGCCUUAUUAGAAUCAACAAUUAUCCAUUCUCUUAGGCAAUUGACAAAGCUUUAUUUGCGGGGCACUUAUAGUGAGCGGUGUACUUUACAGCUGCCUGCUUCAUUACAAUGCGUAUCAUUGGAGGAAGUUGAAUGUUCAGCUGAGUGGCUACGCGGCUUAUUGACCGCGCUUUCUUCAUUAGAUCAUUAUGUAGCGUGUGAGCUGUGGGAUGUUGUAUUGGAGCCAUGUGAAGACGCCCGUGGAGACGAUUGCCAAACACAUGUAUCAGAUUUGAGACCUUAUAUACUCUCAUGUGACAUGUCACUGAUUAAAAUAUUUGUAAAGAAUGGCAGUGGUGAACUGUUUGAAAUCUUUCGAGGUACAAAUAUAGGAAUCCUGACGCUGAACACGGCCGAUUGUGCAUCAUUGCAUGUAGCAUUUAAGAUUCUCUACACUCUCCAUAAGUUGACAAAACUUAUUUUGUGGGGGACUUAUAGUGAGCGAUGUACUUUACAGUUGCCUGAGACAUUGCAAUGCAUAUCAUUGCAAGAAGUUGAAUGUUCAGCUGAGUGGCUGUGUAGUUUGUUGAUCGCGCUUUCGUCAUUAGAUCAUCCUGUAGAGUGUGAGCUGUGGAUUGUUAAAUUGCAGCUUUGUGCAGACGCAUGUGGAGACGAUUUCCAAAUAAAUGCAACUAAUUUUCGAUCUGAAAUACUAUCACUUGAUAUGUCCAACAUGACGAUUUCGGUGAGAAAGGGCAGUGUUGAACUGUUUGAAAUCUUGCGUGAUACGAAUAUAGGGGCUUUAGACCUGUUAACGGCAGAUUGCGCCUCAUUAGCAUCAUUGAUUUUGUAUUCGCUAAAGAAAUUGACAAAGCUUUAUUUGCGAGGGACUUAUAGUGAGCGAUGUACUUUUCAUCUCCCUGCUGCAUUACAAUGCAUAUCAUUGCAGGAAGUUGAAUGUUCAGCUGAGUGGCUUUGCAGCUUGUUUAUCUCGCUUUCUUCAUUAAAUCAUUCUGUAAAGUGUGAGCUAUUUGAUGUUGUAUUGCAGCCAUGUGAAGACGCCCGUGGAAACGAUUUCCUAAUAAAUUCAUCUGAUUUACGGUCUGAAAUACUUUCACGCGACAUGACCCAAAUCGAGUUAUUGGUGGAAAACGGCAGUGUUGAAUUGUAUGAAUUAUUACGUGAUACACAAAUAGGGAUUUUGGAGGUAGAAACGGCAUAAUUUGUCUCAUAAGUAUCAAAGAUUCUGUACACUCUUAAGAAAUUAAAAAAAGCUUGUUGUGUGGGGGGGGGGGCCUACACUCAGCGAUGUACUUUAUAGUUGCAUGAUGCAUUGCAAUGCGUAUCAUUGCAGACAGUUGAAUGUUCAGCUGAGUUGCUGUGCAGCUUGUUUACAGCGCUUUCUUCAUUAGAACAUUUUGGGCCAACACGACAAAUUGUGUCGCAUUGUCAUCAAAGAUUCUGUACAUUCUCAAGAAAAUUACAAAUCUUAUUUUGUGGGGAACUUAAAGUGAGCGAUGUACUUUUCAGCUGCCUGCAACAUUGUAAUGCUUUGGUUGUCUGGAGUUAAAUGUGCAGGGCCUUUGACUGAGGUGGGGGUUAGCUUCUGAUUCCUGGAUAAGGCAUUAUUACAAGUCUUAACAUAUAUUUUGUUUGUACGUCUUCCUUUAUUGCAGAGCGUUUAGUGGCUACGACAUAUCCGUAGCGAGUGUAAAGCUCGAGAUAUAUAACGGUUAAGGAACUGAAGGCCCAUGUAAACUCUGUGGUGCUGACAUUUUAAACUGCUGGUUUUCGCACAUGCAAAUUAAAAAGAAAUAUAUAUACUUAGACAAAAACGGAAUAAAAAGCCAUUGGUAGACAUGCUUUUUUGUUUUUCUGGUUACGCAUUGACGUUUCUGUAAUUGUGAUGUUGGUAUUGAUGCGAAUGGUAAUGUUUUAUACAGCGGUGCUAUUUCGAUUGACCUGCAUGUUUUUAUACUUUUUUCAAUGUAUAUGUAAAGUUUAUAGUUUGUUAUGUUUUAUUUGUAUAAAUGUUUGUAUAAAUGUAGACAAUAUUGUUCAUCUGAAUUAGUACAGAACUCACAAAACAUUCCUAUGAUAGUACUAUGUACAAUAGGUAAAUUAAUAUUCUUUGGUAACAUAACAUCAAUGAUUUAUGACUGAAUAUUUCAACAGUAAAGCCCACAUAUUAAUUAUUGUUUACCUACACAAGGCUAAUGUAAAUAAAUAAAAAUUAUUUUUGGACUUCGACGUACGAAUAGUGCAAGCAGUAUGUAAUUUCUCUUAUGUGAUUUCCCGCAUCAUGUUAUAGAUAAUGCAUUUCAUUUGUCAUUGUUUUCUAUUUGAAUAAUGAUAAUGAGCUGAAAAAUAAAAAAGCGGGUACAUAGCAGUUCUUUUCUCGUGGAAUUUAUUGUUUGCUUAAAUCAUUAAAAAAAUCCUCUCUAACUUAUAUAUAUAUGAUGUAUGUACUUUACUGACCUUAACCUCGUCUGUUUUACUAUGUAAAUGUAUUGUAAGUAGUGUGUAUGUUAUGAACCCCUUUACAAACGCCUUUAUUAUUUAUA